AUGAACAGGGAGCCGAGAUACGGGGCCUCCCACGGGUCCCACGGCGGUCAGGGGUACGGUAACCACGGAUCUGGCGGCGCCCCCUUCGGAGGGUCUCCCUACGGCGGUGGAGGUUACGGUGGCGGGGCUGGAGCUGGAGCCAAUUCUGGAUACGGUGGCGGUGGCGCCGGAGCUGGCGCCGGUUCUGGAAGGCGAGCCCAAUUUGCCCCGGAUGUCAACUACAAUGAUCAGAGCUACAUUCAACGAGGCGGAGCUGGGCAGCCGUCGCCCUUCCAGAAAGCUAGAUCGUUGUCGCCAGCCUCCAAACAGCGCUACCAAGCCCCAUCGUCGAGGACACGACGCGAACUGUCGCCCGGCGCAUCGGUUCAUCAUUUGCAGUAUAACUCGCCGAUGAACCUGUACUCGACGGAGUCGGCCGCCGAGCAGUACAACCAGCAGACUGGACUGCCGGUUGGCCCCGUUCCUCGUGCCAAUUCACCCUACCUGAAUUCUGCCACCCGCCAGGCUAUCGCUGAGGAAGAGGGAGCUCGUUUCCUCCGCGGCACCUCCCCGACCUGCUCGCCGAGCUUCAAACGCAUCAGCAGCGCCGUCGGCACCCCCGUCAAC